AAGACAGUUUUGCAUGUUUAUGCUCUUACAGACAACUAAAAUCUCACUAAUUUUCUCUUGUAGUUAACCUGCCUCUCUAAAAGAACUUCCAGUGAUACUCUUAAGUUUUUGCUGCUGACUAAUCUCUUCACAAGCAUAACAAUGGUCAACCCAUGUGGUUUACACUUGGCAUAAGGGAAGCUCUCAAAGGCUGGGACAGAGGUUUGAAGGACAUGUGUGUGGGAGAGAAGAGGAAGCUAACUAUUCCACCAGCCCUUGCUUAUGGAAAAGAAGGGAAAGGAAAAAUUCCACCUGAGAGCACACUGAUUUUCAACAUUGACCUUCUAGAAAUUAGAAACGGGCCAAGGUCUCAUGAGUCUUUCCAAGAGAUGGAUCUUAAUGAUGACUGGAAGCUGUCCAAGCAAGAGGUGAAAAUUUACUUGAAGAAAGAAUUUGAAAAGCAUGGAGCA